AUGCAAAGAACAUUCUUACGGCAACUAUCAAGAUCCCAAGCCCGUCUAGGACUCUUUUCCAAAUCCUCCUCGCAGCCCGCCCGAGCUUCGCCACUUUUCACCCCACCACCAGAUUCAACUCCACAAGUAAGACCAUCCAAUGCUGGGGAUUUAUUCAAAAAGAAUGAUAUUUUGAUGUAUGCCGACAAACCCCUAAAUUACAUCGAAUCACUCAAACCCAAUGGUUUCCAUCUUGCCAAUACACUCUUAAUCACCUCUCCCAACAGCGCUGGAAAUGUGAAUGGGUUGGUAUUGAUCGAUACCGAGACAAUACUCCAACUAAACCCUCUCCGCUUCCAACCUCUACAUAUACAACUUAAGGGCCAGAAUGUGUUGAAUGUGUUUGAGAGGGUGCAUCCGAAACCCGAGAUUUUGGUUAUUGGAUUAGGGAAAAAGAGUAGGAUGUUGCUGGGGGAGAAUAGACGGUUUUUGUUGGAUUUGGGGAUUGGGUUGGAGGUGAGUCAUACUGCUAAUGCUGUGGAUGUUUUUGACUUGUUGAGUACGGAAAGACCACAUGUGAUUGGGGCGUUGAUGUUGCCUCCAAAUGUAUAA